ACCACCUCGAAGACCCCCAUUAUAAGAUGACUCCACACCUUGAAUUCGCCAAGUAAACUGCCACCACACGGUUUCAGUGUCACCUUCACAUAAUCGCAUUGAUUCGAGGACGCAAGGGCGGAGCACCACCACACGCUCGCCAUGGACGCGUGGCGCAUCUUCCUCGGCACGGCCCUCAUCGCGAUCCCGCUGAUCCUACUCCUCCGUCUCUUCCGCGGCCGGCGCCGGAUCCCGCCCGGGCCGCCGUCCGUGCCGGUGCUGGGCAGCGUGGUGUGGCUGACCAACUCUCCCGCCGACAUAGAGCCCAUCCUCCGGCGCCUCUUCGCGCAGUACGGCCCCAUCGUGUCGCUGCGCAUCGGCUCACGCCUCGCCAUCUUCGUCGCCGACCGCCACCUCGCGCACACGGCGCUCGUCGAGCGCGGUGCCGCGCUGGCGAACCGCCCCGCCCUCGCCUCCGCCAGGCUCCUGGGCGAGAGCGACAACCUCAUCACGCGCGCCAGCUACGGGCCCGUGUGGCGCCUCCUGCGCCGCAACCUCGUCGCCGAGACGCUGCACCCGUCCCGCGUCCGCCUCUUCGCGCCGGCCCGCGCCUGGGUGCGCCGCGUCCUCGCCGAGAAGCUGCGGGACGACUCCGCCGCCGGCGCGGCCGUCGUCGAGACGUUCCACUACGCCAUGUUCUGCCUCCUCGUGCUCAUGUGCUUCGGGGAGCGGCUCGACGAGCCCGCCGUGCGCGCGAUCGCCACCGCGCAGCGGGACCCGCUUAUCUACAGGUCGAGGAAGAUGGCCGUCUUCUCGUUCCUGCCGUCGGUCACCAAGCACCUCUUCCGCGACCGCCUGCAGAACGUAAAAGCCAUGAAGCGGCGGAAGAUGGAGCUGUUCGUGCCGCUGAUCGACGCUCGGCGGGAGUACAAGAGCCGCGGCGGCGAGCCCAGGAGGGAGACCAGGUUCGAGCACUCGUACGUGGACACCCUGCUCGACAUCAAGCUCCCCGAGGAGGGGGACCGCCCGCUCACCGACGACGAGAUGGUCAACCUCUGCUCCGAGUUCAUGGACGCCGGGACCGACACCACCUCCACCGGGCUGCAGUGGAUCAUGGCCGAGCUGGUCAAGAACCCAUCGAUCCAGGACACCCUCUACAAAGAGAUCAGCGCCACCACCGGAGACGAUCAGGAAGAGGUCUCGGAGGAGGAUGUCAACAAGAUGCCGUAUCUCAAGGCGGUGGUCCUCGAAGGCCUCCGGAAGCACCCGCCGGCGCACUUCGUGCUGCCGCACACCGCGGCGGAGGACACGGAGGUCGGCGGGUACCUGAUCCCCAAGGGCGCGACGAUAAACUUCAUGGUGGCCGAGAUGAGCAGGGACGAGCGGGAGUGGGAAAAGCCGACGGAGUUCAUGCCGGAGCGGUUCCUGCCAGGCGGCGCGGGCGAAGGGAUUGACGUCACCGGAAAUCGGGGGAUCAAGAUGAUGCCGUUCGGCGUCGGAAGGAGGAUCUGCGCCGGGGUCGGCAUCGCCAUGCUGCACCUCGAGUACUUCGUGGCCAACAUGGUGAGGGAGUUCGAGUGGCAGGAGGUUCCGGGCAACGAGGUGGACUUCGCCGAGAAGCCGGAGUUCACCGUCGUGAUGAAGAAGCCGCUGCGGCCGCGCCUAGUGCCCCGAAGGACCUAAGUCAAAAAUCCAAAGACCAGUAGGCCGUUCCUAUCGCUUGAGCUGUUCUCGUGCUUAGUUUAGUUCAUGUUGAUUGGAGUAUUGAAUAAAUUUAUUAGUGCUACGUACUGUCAAA